GCGGGGUGCGCGGAGGAGGCCGGGGAGGAGGUUCCACGCGGAGGGUGGUGCCGCGGGGCUUGGACGCGCACCGCGGCGCUCGCGGCCCGCGCCCCAGUUCGGACUGGGAUUGGCCGGCCCGCGUCUUUCCCCGCCCCUCAGUUAAUUGCCAGGGAGGUCUUCGGCGGGGGCGGGGCGGUUUUUCCCCCUCUCGCUUGGCUCCGCGAGACCCGAGCCCGAGGUUCGGGAGCGCCCGGUGGCCGCUGGUGCAAGGAGGCCACGCUCAGCACCACCGCGAUGAGGCCCCGGAAAGCCUGGAUGCUCGUCCUGCUCCUGGCCCUGGCGCAGCUGCUGGUCGUGGCGAGCGCCGGGGCCCCGGACGAAGAUUCUUCUGACAAAGAGGAUACCAUCGAGGAGGACGAGGAGGAGGACGAGGAUGACGAUGACGACGACGAUGACUUGGAAGUUAAGGAGGAAAACGGCGUCUUGAUCCUAAACGAUGCGAACUUCGAUAACUUUGUGGCCGACAAAGACACGGUGCUGCUGGAGUUCUACGCUCCGUGGUGUGGGCACUGCAAACAGUUUGCUCCAGAAUACGAAAAAAUCGCCGCCACCUUGAAGGAGAACGACCCUCCCAUCCCUGUCGCCAAGAUCGACGCGACCUCAGAGUCGGCGCUGGCCAGCAGGUUUGACGUGAGUGGCUACCCCACCAUCAAGAUCCUGAAGAAGGGCCAGGAGGUUGACUACGAGGGCUCCAGGACCCAGGAAGAAAUUGUGGCCAAGGUCAAAGAGGUCUCCCAGCCGAACUGGACGCCUCCACCAGAAGUCACACUCGUGCUGACCAAGGACAACUUCGAUGAAGUGGUGAAUGAUGCCGACAUCAUCCUGGUAGAGUUUUAUGCUCCCUGGUGUGGACACUGCAAGAAACUGGCCCCCGAGUAUGAAAAGGCCGCCAAAGAGCUGAGUAAGAGCUCUCCCCCGAUCCCCCUGGCGAAGGUUGACGCCAUAGCGGAGACAGAUCUCGCCAAGAGGUUUGACGUCUCCAGCUACCCCACUCUGAAGAUCUUCCGCAAGGGGAAGGCUUUCAAUUACAACGGCCCACGGGAAAAAUACGGGAUCGUCGACUACAUGAUGGAGCAGUCCGGGCCGCCCUCCAAGCAGAUCCUGGCCCUCAAGCAGGUCCAGGAGUUCCUGAAGGACGGGGACGACGUCGUCAUCAUCGGGGUCUUUAAGUCGGAGAGUGACCCUGCCUACCAGCUGUACCAGGAUGCGGCUAACAGCCUGAGAGAGGAUUACAAAUUCCACCACACUUUCAGCACUGAAAUAGCAAAGUUCUUGAAAGUCUCUCUGGGGAAGUUGGUUGUCAUGCAGCCUGAGAAAUUCCAGUCCAAAUAUGAGCCCAAGAGCUACGUGAUGGACAUCAAGGACUCCACGGAGGCCGCGGCCAUCGCGGAGCACGUGGUGAAGCACACGCUGCCCCUGGUUGGCCACCGCAAGGCCGCGGACGCCAAGCGGUACACGCGGCGUCCCCUGGUGGUCAUCUACUACAGCGUGGACUUCAGCUUUGACUACCGUGCAGCCACUCAGUUCUGGCGCAACAAGGUCCUGGAGGUGGCCAAGGACUUCCCCGAGUACACCUUCGCCGUGGCCGAUGAGGAGGACUUCGCCACGGAGUUGAAGGACCUGGGGCUAAGCGAGAGCGGGGAGGAGGUGAACGCGGCCAUCCUGGACGAGGGCGGCCGCAGGUUUGCCAUGGAGCCCGACGACUUCGACGCCGACGCCCUGCGUGACUUCGUCACCGCCUUCAAGAAAGGAAAACUGAAGCCAGUCAUCAAAUCCCAGCCGGUGCCCAAGAACAACAAGGGGCCGGUCAAGGUCGUGGUGGGGAAGACCUUCGACUCCAUCGUGAUGGACCCUAAGAAGGACGUCCUCAUCGAGUUCUACGCGCCCUGGUGCGGGCACUGCAAGCAGCUGGAGCCGGUGUACACCUCCCUGGGCAAGAAGUACAAGGGCCACAAGAACCUGGUCAUCGCCAAGAUGGACGCCACGGCCAACGACGUCACCAGUGACCGCUACAAAGUCGAGGGCUUCCCCACCAUCUACUUCGCCCCCAGCGGGGACAAAAAGAACCCAAUUAAAUUUGAGGACGGAAACAGAGACCUGGAGCAUUUGAGCAAGUUUAUAGAAGAACAUGCCACAAAACUGAGCAGAACCAAGGAAGAACUUUGAAGGCCGUGGGGGUCUGCAGAGGGCGAGUGCGGGAGGGACCGGACCCAGCGAAGCUUCCAGUGGUCACUGGCGGGGCCCACGCCAGCUGCGAGCCUGGCGGGCUUGCUCACAGGCAGUAUCUCAAAGUGUUUUGGUUAGUUUUGUUUUAAUUUUUUUAUACUCUGGUAUUUUGCCUUCAUGCCCUGAAUACUAAAUACAUAUGAAUGACUCAGUAGAUUAGUUCAGAAUUUUACAGAGGAGACAUCUAUUUUUAUUGUUAUUUGGGGUUUGAUUUUUUUUUUUUAACUUUUCACCAUCUUUAAUAUAUUUCUUCAAAGCAGGCAAGUUGAAUUCUGUGUGCAUUUUUUUCCUUUUUUAAUUUAAAAUUUAAGAAACCUUUGCCAAAUUGUGUUGCCUUUUGCCUUUUAUUUGAUCGUCUUCUGAGGAAUCGUUAGCUGAAGAAGGGACUGUUGGUUUUUGUUUUUUUUCCUGUCGGGGCACGAAGUGAGAAUGGUCACCAGGCGCCCUGCCAAGGACAUGAUUUCGGCCCGACUCUGAGCCGCCGCCAGACCGGGAGAAGCAGCAUCUCUGCAGGCGUGGACAUCGCCGUGCCUUCUCCUCCCAGACCGAGGACCGCGGGCAGGAGCCUGUUGCAGGUGCCCCCAGGCCCUUGAAGCCAGGUCCCGAGGCUCAGCCUCUGAGAGGUCGCCCUGUUAAGGCUAGCAGCCCCCCAUUCAGAACCACCGUGGCCGAGGCGAGAUGAGCCAGGGCCCAAGUGGAGACUUCGGGGUGGCAGGAAGGAUAGAGUAGGUAGGCUGACGUGGAAUAAAAAAAUGAUUGAAAACAA